CGAGGAAACAGUUGCAGCCAUGACUCAGUUUUUAGAACUUCAUGGUGCUUCGUCUAAACCAUGGACUCAGCUCAGUUCCUUCACAGCUUUAGUUUUCCUUCUUCUAACACAAAACUGUUCAGGUCUUUCCCAGGUGGUCGGUCCGUCUCAGCCGGUCCUGGCAACGGUUGGUGGUGACGCUCUUUUGUCGUGUCGCCUGGAACCUGCCGUCGAUGCUUCAGACAUGUCCAUAGAGUGGUCCAGAGAAGACCUAGACCCUUCAUAUGUCUAUGUGUGGUGGGAUGAAGAGGAACUGGAAAGUUCCAAACAUCCUGCUUAUAAAGGAAGAACGUCAUUGUUACUUAAUAAACUGGAGUUUGGAGAUGUUUCACUGAAAAUCUCCAAAGUGAAACCGUCUGAUAAGGGAAAAUACAGAUGCUUCAUUCCUACACUGGGUCGAGGAUCUACUGUUGAACUGGUUGUUGGUAUUGAUCCUUUUACAGUCAUCAGUUUAGCAGGACUUGAUAGAAGCAGCAGCUCAGUGGUGUUACAGUGUAAAUCUGCAGGCUGGUAUCCAGAGCCUGAGGUGUUGUGGCUGGACGGUGAUGGAAACCUCCUCUCUGCUGGACCUACAGAGACAGUCAGAGGUGCUGAUGAACUUUAUACUGUCAGCAGCAGAGUGACUGUGGAGAAGAAACACGGCAACAAGUUCACCUGCAGAGUCCAGCAGAAAAACAUCAAGCAGACCAGAGAGGCUCUGAUACACGUAACAGAUGAUUUCUUUCAGGCCGAGUCCAGUAACACCUCGAUCAUAGACAACCUGACUUGGACUGCAGCUGCUGCCUUCAUCCUGUUCAUUUUCUUUUUUGUUUACACAAUGAUCCUUGCAAGGAAAGGGAAGACUUUGGAAGAGACAGUUGAACGAUUGAUAGAGAUCAAGAGAAAAUUCCUGGAUGAGAAGCUAAAAUCAAUGAAGACUGAGAGAAAACUGAAGAAUAAGAUCCAGAACAAGAUCCAGGAGCUGGAUGAAAUGAACUUUGAUACCAACUCUGACCCUACUGGGAGCGAUGAGAAGAAUCAACAGGAAGAAUUAGAGAAGCUCCAGGAUGAGAAGCAGAAGUGGAUGAAGACUGUUGUAAACCUGAAGACAGAACUCCAGAACAUGAACCAGGAGCUGCAGCUGACAGGACCCAUAACUUUAGAAGAAGUCAGUGAACAGGGCCGCUACAUCCGUCUGAAGAACAUUUCCAAUGAGGAGAUAAAACUGGGAGGCUGGAAGUUAGAACUACAGAGAAACAACAGAAAACCAGCCACAUAUACCUUUGAUGAGUCAUUAAAACUUCAGACUGGAGGGAUUCUCUGUAUACAACGCCCAUACUCUUACAUCAAACAUUCUGAUGAUAUUAAACUGGAGUGGUCAGACAUGACGAAAUGGAGACCUGAAGACAAACUGCAGAUAAAAGUCAUCAGCAACAAUGGAGAGAUAUUCAAAUUGUUGUACUGGGAAUAAACAUAUGAAACGGAACUUUUUGCAUUAAUCAAAGUCAGCCUUUGUUUUUUGUAAAAAUAUUAAAUUCAACAUUAUUGUUAUUA